AUGGGCCCUUCUAGAAGGGAUGUCACUAAAUUCAAAAAACGUGGACUCUUGUGCGGCAGUCCUCCACAAUUAAAUCAGUGUGGUGUUAAAUCUUACGUUAAAUCAGUCUUACAUAACGCACUUUGGGGACCACCACCUUGUGAAGCACCUUGUGAAGUUCCUUGUGAAGCACCUUGUGAAAUUCCUUGUGAAGUUCCAUGUGAAGCUCCUUGUAGAUUUCCCUGUAAAGCUCAUUGUGAAGCUCCUUGUGAAGCUCCUUGUAGAUUUCCCUGUGAAGCUCCUUGUGAAGUUCCUUGUAGAUUUCCCUAUGAAGUUCCUUGUGAAGUUCCUUGUGAAGCUAUUCCGGUGAACUGUUGUUAA